AUCGUCGUUAGACGAACACCGUACCGUCUUGUCAAGCUGAGAAACCUGAGACUUCAACAUGGCAUUCAAUCUAAAGGCUUGCCUGGCCAUGAUCUGUGUCUUUUUGGGAUGCUGCAGCAAUGUCGUCUUUUUGGAACUCAUCAUUAAGAUUGAUCCCGGUGCGGGAAAUCUAAUAACCUUUCUACAGUUCCUAUUUAUUGCGCUGGAGGGUCUGAUCUUCACCUCGAAAUUCUUCACGGUCAAGCCGAAGAUUGCGAUGAAGGAUUAUGUGAUGCUUGUGGUGCUUUUCUUUGGCGCCAAUGUGUGCAACAAUUAUGCCUUCAACUUUAAUAUUCCCAUGCCGCUGCACAUGAUCUUUCGCAGUGGUUCCUUAAUGGCCAACAUGAUCAUGGGCAUUAUACUGCUCAAGAAACGCUACAAUCUGCGGCAGUAUAGUUCGGUGGGCAUGAUCACAGCUGGCAUAAUACUCUGCACUCUGAUGUCCAGUGGCGAUGUCAAGGACAACACACAUCACUCACUCAAGGUGGAGACUUCCUUCUCGGAUUCCUUCUGGUGGUGUGUGGGCAUUGCUCUGCUGGCGAUUGCGCUGCUUGUUACCGCCUACAUGGGCAUCUACCAGGAGGUGAUCUUCAAGCGACACGGCAAGCAUCCCAAUGAGGCGCUCUUCUACACUCACAUGUUGCCGCUGCCCGGAUUCCUGGUGAUGGCCAGCAACAUUGCUCAGCACUGGAGCAUUGCUGUCGCCUCGGAGAGUGUUUCCUUGCCUGUGCCUGGCCUGAAUUGGUCCCUCUCCUUUCCGCUGAUGUUCUUCUAUCUGCUGUGCAAUGUCAUCACUCAAUAUGUGUGCAUCAGUUCCGUCUAUGUGCUGACUACGGAGUGUGCCUCGCUGACAGUUACCCUGGUGGUGACUCUGCGCAAGUUCGUCUCGCUGCUCUUCUCCAUCAUCUACUUCCGGAAUCCGUUCACUCUCAGCCACUGGCUGGGCACCGUUCUCGUCUUCUUUGGCACCAUACUCUUCGCGGAUGUGCUGAAUCAGCUGUUGGAUGUCUACAGAAUACGCUGCCAAAGACGCUUUGAUACCGCUCCGACAAGCGCUGAAUACAGUCGAUUAUAGUUAUACAAAUUAGUUAAUUAAAUCUAUAUUUAUAUACAACUCAAGCAUCAUUAAAGCAUAAGACAUAAACCAAGUGAAUUUUCGAAUGGAACUCACUCCACAAAGAGUUGGAGUUGAAGUACAGUGGGCAUGUAUUUGUAUUUGGGUAAUGUAUACAAUAAUAUGAGUUAAUACUUAUGAAAAUCGGAAAAAAUCAUUGUUGUUAUCAGUUCACACACACAUAAUUA